AUGGCAGCCCUAGAUGCUGAGACUUCUACGGUAUUGGAAGGUCUCCAUCGCCUAGCUGUCUCCUUGAAGGAGUUGGAGAGUCGUGCCUCCGCAAAGCUGGGCCAUUAUCAAGACAUCCCCAAUGACAUUCAGCAAUCCUAUGAAUACAUGCAACAAGGAGCCAGUUUGGUCCAUGCAACAUCCACCAAGUACACAUUGGUGGGAAAACUGUCACCCAAGGAUGCUGCCAAGGUCGCACAGGAUCUGUUGAAGGGUUGCCAGUUGAUUGCCACUGGCGCUUUGGUCAUUAGCAAUGAUGCCUAUGGCUGUGCCCGAUCCACGCGGCACUACACCAACCAAGCGGCACGCUCCAUUAUCAUGAGUGUCAUUCAACUAGUACAAGCGCUGAAUGAUCCUUCGGACCAUAAGAUUUUGGAAAAAGACAACAACCUGGCAGCACAGAAAUGUGGAGCUGUCUGGCAAACCUGUGACAAUAUGACCCAAAAGGAAUUCCCACGAGGAAAUCGAAAUGCCACGCGACGCGAGUUAUUGACAUGGAUGACGGAAUGCAAAGAGACGAUGCACGAAUUUCAAGAAAUGAUUGAUCGAGGUCAGGCGACGGGAAACAAUAAUGAUGACAAUGAUCCACAACAAGACGACGAAGAAAACAUGCCAACGUUUGAAGAAUUCCUUUGCCAAAUGGCUGGUGGAGACGGUGAUGAUGAACACUACACGGCCAAAGAACUGGAAUUGGCAAAACCAGCUGUGGCGCUGAUCAAGUGUUCUCGAGGUUCCAUGAAUGUUGUGCUCAAGGCCUGUGAAUCAGCUUCGAAACACCUUGGAGGGCUGGACUCGCCACCAGAGACAACCAAUUCUGUCUUUUGUUUUCUGCAAAAGGCCCACGAUUUGGCACGGGUAGUGGCAGAAGGCAUGACAGAUCUUGGCGCCUUGUUGUAUCCCACUAUAAGCGAGCAGGAUGUGGCCAGACAAGGAGCCAAGCAAACACAAUCCAUCACAACACUUCUGGACUAUGUGUUGGAUUCUGCCACCCAAAUGGAAUUGAAUGAAGAGACCGUGGAAAUGGCUUUCAAAAUCCGGUCGAAUGUGGACAAACGACACAAGGAGCUCCAGGCGGCAAUCGAGCUACCGGUACGGUAG